AUGAGUUCAGGACGCUCGGCAGAAAUGGCCAAUAUUUUAGAUUUCAACAGCAAUAUUCAGUCCUAUUUCAUUAGCAGUACCUAUGGCAAUGAAACGCUCGUGAACAGAUGUCUGGAGCAACUGGCGUCCGCAAGUACCGUGCAUCCUGCGUUCGAUGUGUCCGUGUACGAAUGUAAUGUAUUCUUCGUGAAUCUACAAAAACUCCUGAGCCAUAGCAUGAAAAAGAGUAACUUGCUGUGGUCCGUCAUAAGUGUGCUCGAGGGGGCGGUGACGAAUGACGAAACCCGGGUGGCGCUGGUUCAAAAGUUCCGGUUCUUACCAGUCGUAUCGCUGCUGCUAUUGGAAGUUCACACCCCGGAGCAACAAAAGCGAGUCCUUUCGCUGCUGCAUCACCUUUCCUACGGUGCCUCAAACUAUGGCCAAGAGAUGUUCAUCGAGAGACUGUUUCAAAAGCUGCUUGCCCUGAUCGAACAGAACCACCAAAAGCAGGAGCGUUGCGAGGUGGCCCAGCUCGCCCUUUCGAUAUUGGUUAACCUGUGCCACCGGAAUCUAUCGACGACUUUCGUGCUGACCAGAAACACCAACAUUUCCGGGUUCUGCAAACAGAUCAAAAAGUUCGGCUUACUAGCGUGUAAAAUGUACAUCAUCUUAGAGCAGAACGACUACAUGAAGGAAGUCGAUCUGCACUAUCUGCUGCGCAUGAGCUUCGAAGAGGUGCGACUGAUGCUGGCCUCACAGAAUAGCUUCAGCUUGCGGCACGUCGUUGAUUUCCUGCGCUACGUUCGAUCGUUAAGCGGCACCCGGGAAGGCCAACCGGCAAAGGCCGCUGUGACGGAUGAGUAUUUCAAUCGAGACCUGAGAGAUUUUCUACAAGAAAUUGAAAAGUAUUGGGAGAAUCAUGAACUCACGAACGGUACGGCUGAAGGACCGAAGAAAAAAUCCAAAAUCAAAACAUAUCCGCGAAAGCGUCCGUCGUGUGAGGGAUUGUUUGAAAUCCUGGAGUGCAUCGUCCUGCUGAAACCGGACGACCAAGAGCUUUGCCGCAAAGUUUGCGAAUUCGACCCUACGAAGCUGAUCAACAACGCGCGAGAUGAUCGCUCGAAGGCAGUCGAUCUGUUGCGAACGAUCAUGGAAAAGAACCCCCAGAAUACUGCCUUCGCGGAAAGCUGCAAAACCGUGCUUGCCAGCUUGAUGGCGAUGAUUGCGAACAACGACGACGAUCGGCUAGCGGUUGCGUUCGCGAGAUUCUUGACAACGAUCGUUAAAACGCUAAACACUAGCGAUGAAACGAUGAACGAAGCAUCGGAGCAUUUCUACCAGCACCUGUUUGGCAGCAUGCUGAGUCAAUCGCGCUCGUCCACUGCGUUUGAUUACGCGCUCGCAGACGGACCUGUCCGUGUGUACCUGUGGGCGUUGCAUGCGUUCAACGAGCUAGCCAACCUCUGCCCGACCGUCUGGUAUGCGAAACUUACGAAUCUGCUUAAGCAGAAACCCAUCCAGUUUCUCAUCGCCAAAGGGCUGACUGGUGGCAACGAUGUGGAGCUGCUAGAGGCGUUACUUCAGGUGACGGCAUCGGUCGAUUUCCCCAAACAUGACUUAGCGCGGAUGAUCGAAAUGUUAAAAUCAAGCGUCCCAACGCUAGAAGCGGACGUUUCCACAUUGAGCAGAGCUAACGGGAGCACACACCACAUCCAGCCACCGACGGAGUACACGUUCCUUCGCACGUUCGGCAGAGACCUGGAGGAGCGCAUCGACAAGGUCGUGGUGCAGAUGCAGGACGCGAUUGCUGCUGGGUUGAUAAGUGAUGUGGAAAAGUCCGAAAUCGUCGAGUUUUACACGUACAAGAUAAACAUGCAGGCGAAUCUGAUGAAUGAUUUACGCAACAGCUGGGAAUCGACGACAUCGCAAAUCACCACACUGAUGCACCAAAACCAGCUGCUGAUGGCGGAGAUCGACAAAAUUCAAAAGAAAAGCUUGCCACUCUUGCUGAAGGAGUCCGCCUUGGAAAACGAGAACCGUCUGCUGGAGCGAGAGCUGGUGCAGAUGAAAACCGUGGCAGCAACGUACGAUAAAAAAACGAGUCAGAUGAAGCAAGAGCUGGCGGACUACGUAAAGAAAUACUGCGAAAAGAGCCAAAAGUGUUCGGCGCUGGUGAAGGAAAUCGAAAAUCUGCGCACACGGGACGAUAAUUACGAGAAGGAAAACAAGCGACUUCAGGUGGAGCUGGCAGCGAUGACAAAAAAUAGUGACGAUGCGCGAAAGCUGUUGAAACUCGGCGAGGAAGACCGGCAAAAGCUCACCGAGCAGCGCGAUGCCGAGCGCAAACAGUUUGAAUGUAAGAUUCGUGAACGUGAGCGAGAAAUUUCGAAACGGAACGAUCUCGUACAGCAACUGGAACAGACGCUUGUUCAGCGUGAUAGAACGAUCGAAACGAUCGAUACGGACGUUAAGGAGUUGCGGACGAAAUUGAAGGACCGAGAGGAUCGAAUUGCACAAGUGGAAGCUGAGCUGAAGGAAAACGAAAAGAUACAGCAAGCGAUCUACAGUCUGAUGAACAAGAACAAAAAAUAA